UCAGCAGCUAUAAAGUUUUACAACUCUUUGCAGAGGGAAAUCUUCAACCUUAGCCGUAGGAACCCAAACUCAGUAAGCAAGAAUACAGUUUAGAAAUGAGUUGGGUUACAGUUUUAGUAUUACUUGUGGCACUGUAUGGGUGUGCAGUUUACGGUUAUGAAUACGAAGGACGAUUCGAUUCUCUCAAUCCUCCGCCUGGCCACCUUAUGCCCCUGGGUUGGCACACACACCCAAUACAUGUAGAAACCCGACUACAUGUCCCUUCACCUGAAGAGUUUUAUACACGCUAUACAUCUAAAAGCGUCCCGGUUGUGUUUAAGGGAGCAGCUGUUACGUUCCCAGCGUUUCAGAAAUGGACGGACGAUUAUUUAAGAAAAUAUGGAGAUUGGAAAGUGGUCGUUGAAGACGGGAAAAAGGAAGACAUGAGUCGACCUACAUACCAGAUGUCGUUAAACACUUGGCUGAACGGAUAUAUUGGAAACGACACAUAUCUUGUACAAGAUAUCGUACCUCCUAACCCUAUGACAAAGGAAAUACCGAUACCUAGAUGUCUGCAAUGCGGAGGUUUUCAAAACAGUAUAGAGACAGCUAUCAUGUGGUUCUCAUCCGGUGGUACAAAGUCAAGAUUUCACCCUGAGCAAGUCGAUAACUUUGAAUGCAUGUUUUCAGGGUGGAAGGAAUAUAUUCUAAUCGACAAGGUUACAGGACAAACGUCGUUUAUGGACAACCAGUACGAAUAUUCGGAGUUAGACGUUGACAGGGUUGAUAUGUACAAGUUUCCAGCCUUACAAAAUAUCACAUGGCACAAACUACACGUUGAACCUGGAGACUGUUUCUUUAUUCCUUACAAGUGGUACCACUUCGCUAACUCAUCAAACACACGAAACAUGGCGGUCAGUUUCUGGCUAACCCAUCAGUUUAGAUAUACAGAUGAUUGCCAAUACCCCGAGAAAAGAAAGACAACGCUUUUUGAUGUUAAAACAUCGAACAACCAAGAAAGUUCAAGGGUUGAGGUUCUGGAAUUAUUCUUCCAAGAUGAAAAAAUGUCUUUAGAAACUUUUCGUAAAUUCUUUGCUUUAAACGACACGGCAGAAGAAAAUUCGGAGCUGACAUUGGGACGAAGGGGACAGAUCACCAAAACUUGGCUAAAAGAUCAUAAGGCGAACGCUCUUGAUAAAAUAUUCGAGAAGAUAGACACAAACCAAGACAAAUAUUUGUCUAUUGAUGAAGUUUACGAAGCUGAUCUUAAUUUAUUCAUUCGUUUGAUUGGAUCACUGGGAGAUCAUUAUUUUAAGUACGAGACACUCCAAGACGGUGGUGGCAAUGGGGGUGGUAAUUAUGGUGGCGGUUGGAAUGCGGGGAAAGAUAUAUUAUCGGCCAAGAAACUCAAGUAUUUGCGGAACGAACUUUAAAUUGAAAUGUACAAAGCAUAGAUAUCAGUUGGUUAAGUGGGGUAAUAUGGAACUUGUUUCAUUCUUUUUUUGUCCCAUUUGGAAGUAAAAAAAUAUUUACAGAAUUAACUGUAGCCCUGCGACUUUUUGGGCGUUGUUUAUUUUCACAACACGAUUGGAAAAUAUGGGAUUUAGGUGCUAACGAUAUCCCACUUUACCCCACAGUACUUUAUAUGUAUUUGUAUUUACUUUGGAAACGCGGAAAGACUUUUUUGUGCAAUCUGUGACAAAAUAAUGCAAAAAGCUGUAAACUGUACAAUGUAUGUAUAUAUAUAUUAAAGAGAUGCGGUUAGAAAUAUACACAUAUAUGUGUUUGCUUAUAUUUUUAGAAGUACUUUACCCUUAAAUGGCAUUCCUUUACGUGGUUUCGCUAAAUAAAUAAAAUGAUAUUUUCUGAAUCUUAAAUUACAAAACUGUUUAUUGUACA